AUGCCCGCUAGAGAAGUCGUGUAUCAGCUAAUCGCCGAGGACAGCACAACUGAGCUCCAGACAGCGCCGACGGAGGAUUCGCCAGAGUUGCAGAGGCCGGCAGGUUGUCCCGCGUCCACGGGUGAUUGGCUCCGGCGCACUCCCGCACUCACUCGGGGCUGGAUCGCUUGA